GUGGAUAUCGGACCACGAGAUGACGUACCGAGACCUGGACGGAGCCCUCGUCUUGUUCGACGUGCGAACCCUCACGGCCGCCGUCAUGGUAACGGCUGAGACCAUGUCAGAAUGGAGGCCUUUCUCUUACUCGCUGUCACCGAGCAGGAAGUAUUUACUACUCGUACACGAUGUCCAGAAGCUGUUCCGGUACUCUUAUCUGGCUCGGCAUACCAUCCUCAAUGUCAAAACUGGGGAAGUGACGCCCCUGGCCCCCCAAAGGGUCCGAGGUCGGGCCGAUCAGCCCCCGUUACUCGUAGCGACUUGGGCGCCGACAACGGACGCUAUAGCCUUUGUCUUCCACAACGACCUGUACUACACCACGUCACCGUCCCUCUCUACCAUGUACCGCAUCUCAAGUACUGGUCAGAUCGGCACUAUCUUCAAUGGAGUCCCGGACUGGGUGUACGAAGAGGAGAUUCUGAGCUCGAACUCAGCAAUGUGGUUCAGUCCUGAAGGAACUCGUUUGGCCUUCGCAACCUUCAACGACUCCCUCGUGGACACCAUGAACUUCCCUCUCUACGGCCAGCCUGGCGAGCUCGUAUUCCAGUAUCCAUUCCAGCAAUCCAUCAAGUAUCCUAAGCCUGGUCGCAGUAACCCGGUAGUGGACCUGUGGAUGGUGGACAUCGGUGCGCUGGUCUCCGGUUCUCGGGACACCGUCACACGAUUGCCUCCGCCUUCUCAAGUUGCGUCCUCGGACCACUACUUCUCUGCUGUGGGCUGGGGCAACGAAAACUCCGUCGCUAUAAUCUGGAUGAACAGGCACCAGAACCUGAGCAUCAUCAGCAAGUGCAACUCUAAGGGCGUCUGCCGGGACGAUCUUGUGCACGUAUCGCCAGACGGCGCCUGGAACGACCUCUACACAGCGCCCAUGUUCGACGACACCGGCGACUCUUAUCUUAUCAUCCUACCCGGCAAGCAGGGCGACCAUGGAUACUACAAGCAUAUAUAUGUGAGGCGGACUUCGGACCAAACUCUCGAGCCUCUCACAUCAGGAACCUACGAAGUCGAAAGUAUUUUAUCCUGGGACAAAGCCAACCAUAUUGUGUAUUUCUCAGGCGCACCGGAAGGAAAGCCAGGGCAGAGACAUCUUUAUUACGUCGGCGACCUUCAAUCCGCGCAGCCUAAGCAAGCUUAUUGCAUCACAUGCGACUUCAAAAACGACUACAGCGAGGAUUGCAACUACAACAGCGGUGAGCCGAGCAAGGCGAGCUCGUACUACGUGUUGACAUGCAAUGGUCCCGGCAUACCGCAAGUGACGCUACACCGCUCAGCUGACCACACGCGCCUCAUGCUGCUCGAGGACAACCAAUUCGUUCGAGAGAGCCUACACGACCGCGUGUUGCCGCUCGAGAAGCGCCUCGAGAUCGAAGUCGCGGGCGGCUACAAAGCCCAGGUCUCCAUGAAGCUUCCGCCCGACUACAACCCUAAUAAAAUCAAGGCCUAUCCUAUGCUCGUAUAUGUGUACGGAGGGCCGGGCUCGCAGCUUGUCAACGACAGGUUCCGUAUCGGCUGGGGCGACUACCUGGCGUCUAAGCGCGGUAUCAUCUACACGAGCAUCGACGGCCGCGGCUCAGGCUACGCAGGCGACGGCAUCUUGCAUGCGCUCAACCGCGCGCUCGGCACCGGCGAGGUCGAUUUAGUCCGUUUACACGCCCUGCAAAAGUCGUUCCCCGCCAUCGACGAUAAGCGCACCGCCAUAUGGGGCUGGUCGUACGGUGGCUACGUCACCGCCGCCGCCCUCGCCCGCGACACCAAGAACGUCUUCCAGUGCGGCAUCUCCGUGGCGCCCGUCACGUCCUGGAUCUAUUACGACACGGUGUACACUGAACGCUACAUGGGCCUUCCCACUCCCGAAGACAACUUGAAGGCCUACGAGGCCUCCGAUGUUACGAGACUUGCCGACAACUUCAAGGGGAAAGAUUUUCUUCUGAUACACGGAACUGCCGACGAUAACGUGCACUACCAACAGUCCAUGAUGCUGGCCAGGGCUCUUGAGAAGGCAGACGUCCUGUUCAGCUCUCAGAGCUACCCUGAUGAGAACCACGGACUGGCGGGAGUGAAAAUGCAUCACUACCACACUAUGGAGCAUUUCUUAGACAGCUGCUUCAAUCUAGCCUAACUUGUCACCAAUACCAGACCAUUAGGCAUUUCCUAGACACCUGUUUCAAUCUAGCCUAAAUUCUCACCAAUACCAGACCAUUAAGCAUUUCCUCGUAAUCUUUUUCAAUGUAACCUAACAUGUCAUCAAUCCCAGACUAUGGAAGAUUUCAUAGACAUCUGUUUCAAUCUAGCCUAACUUGUC